AUGGGGUAUUUGAGAAAGGCCGAAUUGGAAAUCCUUUUGGCCAUCAAGACUGUUGAUCUCGAUGAGUUGUUUGAUAUCCACGCAUCCUCCGAUCUGAUUCCGUGCUCCUCGAAACACCUGUUCGAGACAGUGACGACCGAAUCUUUCCCAGUGAGGUCCGACGCCGAGGGCAUGCACAUCGCCGUGACGCCUGCAGAUAAGGAACACGCCACGUCCAUGGACCUGAUAUGCUACAGGCCGCUUCGCAGAAAGUACAAGUACCUCUACUACGCCCCCGCAGAGGCCCCCAUCGAGGUCCCCAUUGUCGAGGAGUUCGUCCCCAUCACCACCGACAGGGACCCUGGGUUCUACCGCAAGCAGCUGUGUCUGCACACCCUUCACUUCACCCCAGAGGACAUCGCGCUGCUGACCCGGUUUCUAAGCAAGGAGAACACCAUGAGAAACCGUGCCUCCAGGGCGUUCCUUCCGUUCUACCACAAGGUUGUUCCAGCUUUGCCAAAUACCCGCCAUCAAGUGAACCGCGCAGGGCACCUGAAGCCGUUCCCCCGCCAGGUCACCACCGGAACGCAGAACUGCUACGUCCGCGAUGUCUCCGCAUUUCUUUACCUGGACAGCAUCUACACCGAGCUGAGCUUUGCUGGAAACUGGAGAGGCCGGACAGAAACUUUUCCCUCUUCAGCGGCACCCUCGACAGCGACGUGUUGCUACAGGUCGCAUCGUACUGGAGGUCCAUUGUCGACGAUGCGCGCUACGCCGGCUACCUCACCUGUCUCUGCCAGCUGGCCGCUGUCAGCAUCAAGCACACCACUUCCGAAAAAGGUAGAGUUCUUUACGGUGUACCAGUACCGCUACAUCCUCGACGCGAUCAAAGCCUGGACAACCUACGCAGCUUUGUACCCCCAAACCGUGACCAUCACUGACGACAUCAGCGGCCAGUUCGUGGACAAGACCUCGCACGCCUGGCGGUGGCUUACAACAACGUACUCCCUGCUGUGCGAGGAGCUGAAGGCUGAUGAAAGGAACUGGUCAAAGACCUCGGUCCGUUCCGUUGCACCGUUGGAAACAAGAACUUCUCCAGGGAGUAUCUGGUUGAGCUCUACGGGGACCACCAAAGAGAGUUUGACAGCACGCUGCAGGAAGUNNNGAGAAGGUACUUCAACAAGGUCCCAACAGUGGCUACCAUGGCCUCUCUCCUACUCAGGAACCUGUCCAUCAAUGUUGCUGAAGACGUGCGGUCAAUCAACUCUUCCUUCCUCAGGCUGUUCGCAGGAAACAAACUUCAGGAGCUUCUACCCAAAAGGAACACUAAACUCAAAGAAGAAUGAAAAAGGCCGAAGUCUACGGCUGGCCAAUGUCUGCGCACGUUGUAUCAUUUGGAUGAUUUACGUAGGGGCAGGCGGUCCGUACAGAUUCACUGAGAUUGUCCAUCUGAAGUUCGCCGCAGAGGGUAGGAACCUGUACGUCGACUCGAACACUCGCUGCAUGGAGAUCCGCACUACAUACUCUAAAGCUCAGAGCUGGAGUCCCAUGUCGAAGUUGCUGGAUCCCACCACCUCAAGUUACCUCUUCUACUACACAAUGAUUGUAGUCCCGCUGCGCUAUAACGUAGCGGGGAAGGAUUUCGAUGGCAUGUCACGUGAUCUCUACAAUGAGAUGGGCGCUAGAGUGCAAGAUCAUCCUACCAACGCUGCUGGCCCUCUGGGAGGGGCGAUGUCAGACAAGGACUUUUCGCAACAGGUCAUCAAGAGCUUUUUGUUUGCUGACGUGCUGGCUGGAAAACUGUUAAAGUAUGACUUCUUUAACAAGAGAACUCGCGACCACCCCUGCUCGGUUCACAAAGAGGGCCGUUUGACCUUCCGGGAGCUACGCCAUGGUAUCAUCUUCUUCAUGCGGAAGCACACAAAUGUUGCACAGAUUAUUGCCGGUGCCAACGCUGUCGAGGAGUAUGCCGGGCACACGGCCACCACAGGUCGCCAGGUCUAUGCCGCGCCGGGAACCGUGAUCGACCACAACGAGAGCGAAGAGGCUAUCGGCAAUUACCAAAUCGCCCUGGCGUGGCACAGAUUUCUUGGACUUGAGAUGGCAAAGAGUGUCGUGACAGUUACCGAGAAGGAUAAGGCCAAGAAGGAGCACCGGCCUUAUGGCGCCAUGGGUGACCUGACCGCUGCGGGGAGGCUGCUGUACAACGAUGCGUUUCAAUUUCGGAAGGGACAGCAGGAUAUAGCCAUUGAUGUUUUUCUGGGUACCGAACAGCUGAUCCCAGUGCAGGCUCUGCCAGGUUAUGGAAAAACCGCGUUGUUCCAGAUUCCUUUAAUUGCUCUGAAGAAGAAGAACCCUUUGCCAAAGGUCGUAUCUUUCGUAUUUGUGCCGUACAUUCCAUUGAAGGCCAACAUGAUUGACCGGUUAAGGGCGAAGGGCCUGCUCGAGGUCGGGGACGUCGCGGAGCUGCUGAAGAACGGUCCAAACGUCGGCGAGGACGCACUUAUCGCCGAUGUAUACGUCGGUGCAUUCCACGAGAUGGGCACUGUUUCUUGUAAGGAACUGAUUGAUAAUUGGUACAAAACUUUCAAGAACACCAUUCUCGGGUUGGUCGUGCUCGACGAGUUCCAUAACUUCGAAACGGAACUCACUUUCCGCGCAGAGGUGUACCAGUUAAUUGAUACUAUUAAUCUGGGACUGGCGUGGAAGGCUUUGGUGCUCUCCGGGACCAUUGGGAGGAGAAACUUCGCGGCGCCUUUGAAGAGAUUGGGCUUUAAGAAGCCGUUGACUACAGAGCUGACGUUUGAGUCAAAGUGUUUUAUCCGCAAUCUUGUUGAAGAACUUCCGCUUGGGAACUCCGUGAAGUGGUUUGCGGAGUGCGCUUCGUCUGACCAGUGCCUGAAAAAGGCUGUUGCUCUGGUAAACCACUUUCUUGCUUCGGAGGAGAACUCGAAGGUUAUUUUGGUGUGUCGCACGAGGGAGCACGUUGGUCUCUUGGCGACUGAUCUUACACCACAUGACCCUCUUUCCGUGCAUGGUCGUAUGAGCGGUGCGGAUAAGGAGCAGAUUAUGCGGCGCUUCAUCCAGGACCCCGCCAAAAGGGUCCUCGUCGGAACCAAGCUGGUAUCGGAGGGAAUCGACGUGCAAAGCUUAGCCGUUGUUAUCCUUGUUGAUUGUCUCCCUUCUAUUGGCGAGUUCGUUCAAACUGCCGGGAGAAUAAGGGGGGACGGGUUGUGCCUGGUGCUUUGGUCUUCCGCCUGUCGGAACGACCCCGCCAAGGAUCUGAACCCAGGUUGCUUGACCCCACAGUUAAACCGCUUUUACGAGCUGAGCCAAGAAGGACAUGUGGGCUGUUGCGGCAACCUGGAGAGGGUGAAUCCACUAUCAGUCGACCUCGCUCAGCGGGUGUUUCCUAAUAUUCUCUCCUUCCCCUUAUUACGGAAGGACAAGUGGGAGCAAUUUGAAACAGCCUCGUUGAAAAGACCUCGCACUGAACAGCCCUGGGAAGAAGACAGUGCAGCUGAAGAAUCCGAACUUUUCGGAAUCGAUAUGUUCAUUGGUCAGCCUGAGAUGACUGAGUGCGUGGAGGGCUCGACCGUGGACAGUUCUGAUGAAGAAAAUGGGCGCACUCCUGGCCCAGAGAUCCGUCCUCAUAAAGCUCCAAGAAUUCAAAGUGGGGACCUGCACCGCCCGGAAAGACCUUUGCCCGCGAAUAACAGGGUAUAUUCCAGCGGUGAAGAUGAAGUGCCUUCUUUGGAUGCAGCUGAGUACGGGGAUGCCGAGCAGUGGCCUUCUCCUUCUAUUGAUGAUGGCAUGCCAUGGGAUCAGACCCAGCAAGAUGAUGCCCCAAGACAUUCCAGGGAUUCGCCGGUGACUGACUUGAUUCCAGGUCCAUUCUACAGCGAGCACGAUGGCGCUCCGUCCCAAAGUAUAGGACAGGAGCUGAGGGCUGCGUUUGGACCGGAACUGAGCCUGUACUACUUUCUAGACAUUGAAGGAACGUACGAGACGGUGAUGAAAUUCUGGAAUCCCUAUGAGUCCAAUGUCGGUAUUCCAAAGGUGAACGAACCUAAGUUCUGCUUCGUAUGCAUGGGCGGACAGCACUUCAAAUGCGUCUGCCCAGAGUUUACCUCGCACAAGCAGAAGUACGUCGUCCGCAACUUGGUAAUGCAGUGUCUGUGUUUUCUGAAGAUUGUGGGCAGGAGUGAUGAGUGGGACGAGGUUCUGAGGCUGGGGAACGAGGGCGACUUUCCGAGGGUGCCGUUGUGGAUGGCCGAGAGAAAGGAUGAUACGCUGAGGCGGUUCACGGACAAGCUUCUUGCGUACUGCAACCUUGCAAAGAAGGUCACCAGCAUGGGAUUCGGAUACUCACUUGAAUUUCCAAUGAAACUUCCAGACAGCCAGACUCUCCUGAGGAGCUAUAGUCGAAUGUGGAAUUUCCUGAGACAAAAGGAAAUCGACCUAAUCUGGUUCUUUGCCACAGGUGAUCAUAGCCGGACUUUCCCAAGAUUAUGGGUUGGUUGA